GCGUCUUUUCCGUGUCUUUUGUCUUCCGAGACAUUGCUAAGCGUGUAUACAUUUCAUUUUUAAAUUAAAAUUUUUAAUAAUAAACUAUAUUUUCGACACAAUGCAAGGAACAAUUAUUGAAAAUUUAAGUGGCAGAAAACUCUCAGUACUAGUGUCGUUGCUGAUAAUUGGACAAAUUACUUCCUUUUUAAUUGGUGGUCUCAUUGCACCCACUCCAUCGAAUACUCAGACUAUUCUUGGUUAUACUUGCAAGGAUGUGCGAAUUAAUGGAACAAUACCGAAUGAUAAGUGGUACUAUUCCCGUGGAAAAGGGGCUUGUAAUCUUGUCGAUUUGCAUACAUUUGAUGAUUACGAGAGCCACUUGAAGGCCUUUCAAGUUGUCUUUGCAUUCCAGAUGCCAUUGCCUCGAGAUAAAGUUCAGUUGGAUUAUUCUCGUUGGCAUCACAGUUUAAUUGGCGUUUUGCACGUGGAUAUGGUCUAUCACCACAAAAUCACAAUACCACCGAGAACGAAAUUGACAAUUGAUGCUAGACUUGGAUACAGAAAUAAAGAAGAUCCUGAUGAUGCUUGGAAAAUGUACGCUUCUUCGGAAUUCGAAAGAAAUUUGGAAUGCAGCAUCAGUACUAAAAUGGAUCAAUAUAAUUACAACUGCAGUCUCGUUUCACUUUUUGAAUUGGGUUCACUGUUUCAUGAUUAUUAUUUACUCAAUAUUCGUCUUCCUGCAGAUAGUGAUAAAAAUAUAAAUCAGGAACUAGGCUACGUUACGGAUUUAUUACUCACCACGAUAAAUCAAAAUGGAGGAUUUACGAAAGUUUGGGUUGGUCUUAAAACAUUUUACUUUCCAAUUGUCGUGUGCCUUCUUUUGUGGUAUUGGCGACGAGUUAAUAUGCUCACGAGAUCGCCUGCACUUUUGGAAUAUAUGCUUCUGGCUCUUGGAAUAUCCCUCACGUUUUUAAAUGCACCUUUGGAGUACUUUACACUUGUUUUCGACAUGCCGUUUAUGUUACUCUUGGAAGAUAUUCGUCAGGGUAUAUUUUACGCGACUCUACUUUCAUUUUGGUUGAUAUUCGCCAGCGAACAUCUUAUGAUUCAAGAAGGUGAUCAAAGAAGUUCUUUGAAGUCCUAUUGGCGUCAUCUUUCCGCAGUUGGAAUCGGAUGUUUGUCACUCCUAUUUUUCGACAUGUGCGAGCGCGGAGUCCACAUUAGAAAUCCGUUUCACUCCAUUUGGGUUACAACUGUCGGUGCACAAAUUGCUCUUGGCUUUAUAAUUCUAGCUGGAGUUUCAGCGGGUAUUUACUUUUUGUUUUUGUGCUACAUAAUAUGGAAGGUUUUCACGAAUAUCAGUAUUAAAAGAGCCUCAUUACCAUCAAUGAGCAGCGCACGUCGUCUACAUUACGAAGGUAUUAUUUAUCGUUUCAAAUUUCUCAUGAUUGCAACUUUACUCUGUGCAUCUUUAACCAUCGCCGGAUUCAUUCUUGGAGAGGUGGCUGAAGGACAAUGGAAAUGGGACCAAGAUAUUAAAUUAGAAAUGACUUCAGCAUUCUUUACUGGUGUUUAUGGAAUGUGGAAUAUUUACAUCAUGGCACUGUUGUGUCUUUAUGCGCCUUCUCACAAACAGUGGCCCAUUGAACCUUCAGAAAAUAGUGCAAGUGAAGAAAUUGAAUUUUCGAGAUUGCAGUCGGAGCCAAAUGAAAUGUUGUCAUUGACAGCAUUCGCUCGCAAAACAGCCGUAGAAUAAAUGGGAAUUGAUAAACAAGGAAUGAAAAGCCAAGUGGCCACAUACUUGUGACUGAUAUUCGUUAUAUUAUCUUUUAUACGAAACUUAAAAUUAUUAGUUAUCGCUAACAUUUUUCAGUUGGAAUAACUAUUUUAAACGUCAGAUUUUGAUAACAACUUUCUCGACAAAGUUUGGGAAAUUUUUAAUUUAUAUACACUUCUAAUAUUUUAUAUUUUUACACUUUUUUAACUUUACACUCUUUUAAAUUUAUACAAACUUACAAAUUUUUUGAAAACGACUUUUUUUAUAUCUAAUUAUCUUUACAUUUACAUAUUUCAAAAUGUAAUUCUGUACAUUAUUGAAUUUAUUUAUUUUCUUCACUUUUUUAUAAUUUGUAUAUUUAAAUUUUUUGCUAUUUAUAAUUUUUUAUAAUUUAUUAAUUUUUAUAAUUAAUUUAUUAAGAAAAUAUUUAAUGGCACUAAAAAUAGUUCAAACGACAAUCAAAAUGAGAAGAAAAAAAACAAUGCUUGCACUUUUACAAAUUUUAUGUGACAAGUGAAAUUUUUUUAUUUUAAAACAAUCAUUAAUUUCAGAAACAGAAUAGAAUAAAUUAAAACUUGCAUUAUCAACGAAAGUAGCAAAUCAAAAAAUGAAAUCAAGUAAAAAAUAAUAAUAAGAUUUAGAUACUGAAGAAUGAAAACAAACUGCUAAUAUACAUAUCAAUAUUGGGCAUUUACUUACGUUUUAUGAAAGCUGCAUUUAUGAACAAAUUGAAUUAUUUGUAGACACUAAACAGUAUUCAAUAUUUGCUUAAGAAGUGCUGUGGUACGUUAUACAUUAAUCUUAGAGGUAAUUGAACUUUUUUUUUUUAAUUAUUUAAAA